AUGGAAGACGUCGACAAUAUGGAUGUUGAUAUGGAUGACCUCUUUGGUGAUGGUACUGGACUAUCUUUACCAUCUAGACCACCAUCGAAAGAACUUCAUCAAAGGAUUGAUGAACUGAGAGGGAGUGGAUGUUGCCAAGGUAUUGCCUGGUCGAAAUGGGGAAGCAUUGCUUCUAUUACUCCAAGUGGAACUGGUCUAGAGUUAAGGAAUCUACGGUGUCACCCUGAAAAUGGUACAUGGGGUUUAAGUGAGCCGACCAUAAUACCUCAAUUGACGAACAACCUCGAUGGCGGCCCAUUAAAACACCUUUCCUGGAGUCCCACUGGCUCUGAAUUAGCAGUCAUUGAUUCUGCUGGCCGUGUAACUAUUUUGCAAAUAUUUUCUUCCUUGAACAAACCUAUGAUGUGUCGUCCUUGUAGCCCAGAUUCGGCAGAUGAUCUACAUGCAGUUGUAGGUUGCUUCUGGUUGAAUCUGGGCCCUUUUCAGAAUCGUCCGGUCAUUCAACACGGUCCAGCUUUCAAAGAAGCAUCGGGAAUUCGGUACGAUUCUUCGCAGACUCCCAUUCUUGGACCUACGCAUCCUAUUCACUCAAAAUCUGCGCUUUUAUACGUUACUACUAAUGGAUCCUUGCGACUGUUGUGGCCACAAAAUAAUGGUAAAUGGUUCGAGUCAAUUACAGAACUUGAAAGCAUCGUUUCGUCCGAUGACUUGAUCACCCACGCAGCAAUUAGUGCAGAGAGAACUCCAUCUCUUUUGAUUGCACUUGCUACCGGAUCCAAGCAGUUACGCAUAAUUCGAGCUGGUGUAGACUGGGGAAUUCCUCAAACGCAAGAAAAAGUAAAUCCAAUGACCAUACUCUUGAAUGCAUCGCUUCGAAUAAAGCCUCUCACUGUAACGAGUUGGUUGCAUGAUGUCCCGGGAGAUACUAUAAAUUCGUCUCAUCUGGAAUCAUCAAUGGUGCAGCUGUCUCACCUAGAGUUCUUAUCACCAUCUGGAGAUAAUAAGAAUAUCAUGACACCUCCAAUUCUUGUGGCCGUUCGGCCUUAUUUGCCUGGAUCGACGUCUCAUUACAAUCAAGAGGCCCAUUCAACAAUAGAUAGAUGGGAGUUUAGGGAAAGAAAUCAACAACCUGUGCAUUCUGCUUUUGAGCAUUUGUCAUCGCGUAAGAGUAGUACCAAUGAUUCACAGCCACCGAAACCUGUGGUUAUAGCUCAGCUCAAAAAGCUUGAAAGCUUCACAGUCAAUAAAAUCGUUGUUGCCAUGCAAACAAUAUAUCUUGGAAAGAUAGUCUGCUUUGCAUACAGCGAUAGUUCGGUCGAGUACCGAGACCGAAUCACUAUGAAUGAAACAUUUAAUGAUGGUGAUCUGGGUCGAGUUUCUCAUCUCUCCCAAAUUGGAUUCUCCUACACUGAAGACGAGCCUUGUUUACAAGUGGCGUGGUCACCAAGUACCUGCUCGUUGGUCCAGAUUAGGAAUGAUGGAAAGGUCAAGUGGAAGCAAUUAGACUAUCAUCUGGGAGAUAUUGGAUCGAAUAUGGAAGAUCCACGGUAUACCGCAAUGAUUGCUGCUCUAUCUCUAUCGUGUUCUACGUCAGUAAUGAUGUCUACCAACUAUGAUGAUAUAGUUGCCACUGCUCAUAAUCUUGCAAAGUCAAGAGAUAACCUCGCAUAUGACUGGCUCAAUGAACUAGCUAAGAUUUUGAAGAUCAUUGUUGAUUAUUCGGAAGAAGCACACUAUGACGUGUUAAUACGAAAUACCACAAUACAAUUGUGCCUUAGCAUCCAAAACUCGUUAGGCUUUAGAGGGGAUUUUAAUCCCCGCAAGUUCGCUGGGAAAUUCUCAUGGCUCGUUCUACAAUUGCGGAACAUUGUUGUACUUGUCACUAUGGCUGCAAACAUGAAAGUUCCCGGCCCAACUCAUGAGAAGACCUCAACACCCUUAGAUGAUCCAGAGGUAAUCAGCGCCCUCGCUGGUUCCGUCCGCUGGGUUCUCGAUCUCAUGGCCUGGAUAACCGACACCCUCCUCGAGCUCCCCAGCACCCUCCCUUUUAAUUUAUCCGUAACUAACCCCUCCAAACUCUCCCUACCAGACCUUCUCACGUACCUCCACACCACCAAUAAUGUCUCUCUUCACCUUCUCCUCUCCUCCCCCACUCGCGGCUUCCUCACCGCCAUCUGUCGACGCCUCCUACAUCUCGACUACGUAGCCCGCAAAGCUAUUGACACCGGUACCAAUGCCCAAAUCCAGCCCGGAGGAUCAGGACAACAAUCCGUUUCUCCAGCGCUGAGAGCGGCUUACCUACAAAUUGCCAACCUGACAAAUAAUUGCAUAGUCCGCAUUAGGACUUUUGAAAAUCUCCUGACAUCCCUAACCUCCUCCAUCAAAUCCGCAUACGCAAACCAUAAACCUCCACUUUCAGGCAACAACCCUAUGGGAGCAUCACGCAACAAUCUCGAAAUUAAAAUGCUUUUUGGAGGAGAAAUUCCAACAGCUUUUAAACCAGUCAUCAUCGAACUUUUCGCAGGAGUGCAAGAUAACGAGAAGAAUGGACAUAACACAGCAACUGGCGCAAAUGGAGGAAUCGGCUACCUAUCCAGCGUUCGUCUCGAAAUCGACCCCGCAAACCUCUGGUUCGCCGACUUCACAAUGCUAGAAGUCGACGAGGACGAGGAAUCUAUAACGAAAAGGAGAAACUCUCGAUUAACCAUGGAUUGUUUCCGAAAAACAUGGUUGAACAAUCCGCCCAAAAUUUCUCAAUCCUCCUCCGCGAACAAAUUACUCGGCGAUGGUCGCGACAAAGAUAAUAAUGUCAAUUCGCUCCUCACAUCCACGGGACCGGGUCCAGGAAUAACAGGGUCGGCCUACGGCAUCGCAGCACCGGGUUCGACGGCGGCAGCGAGGCGAUGGAGAAGGUGUGCAAGGUGUGCGGCGGUCAUGGAGGAUGUGUUGAGUCAGAGACCCGCGUUGCAGUGGUUGGUUAUGCAGCAGAGGAGGUGCUUUUGUAGUGGGUAUUGGGAUACGUUGGUUGGGGGGGAGAUGGUAGCUUAG